AUGGGAACAUUUGGAGAAGCUCACGCAGACGACACUUAUCUUGGAGAGCUGUGCAUUGGAUGGCCUCGAGGACUCCAUCUCCUCUUAAAAGCCGGUUAUCGCUUGGAUACCCAGGAACUCUUAGUCUAUGCUCUCCAUUUCGGAUAUUUGGAGUCAGUUGUGGUGUUAUUGAAUGAUGGCAACCCAGCUAUACAUGGCACCCACCUCUGGGUGGCGUCCAGGAGUUCUAAUACUGAAGCUUUUGAGUUGGUAGCACGUGCUUUGGCAGAAAGGAGGCGCAAGCUUCAGAAGUUGGCCGAACGGCAUUUGCCGCCUUCAAUAUGUGAAAGUUUGGGUUUGCCGAUCAAUUGCGCGCUGGACUCUCGUGCCACUCUAGUUUUUUCUACCCUCCAAGAUCACGGUAUACCAAUAGAUCCAUCCUUGUUCUUGGACCAGCUUUGGGACGGCGAUACUGUUUACAAUGUUUCUUAUGACCGACGUUCUGCGGAAAUCCUUUUCAAUGCAGGCUUUCAGGACUUCGAGGAAGGAGAGAUAGGAAUGGAACAAACCCAGGAGGACUUCGAGGAAGGAGAGAUAGGAAUGGAACAAAACGAGGAGGACUUCGAGGAAGGAGAGAUAGGAAUGCAACAAAACCAGGGAAUGUCUACACUGAUGCGCGUUGCUGACCCAGACAGCUACCCUUUUUACACAAGCCUCCACAAUACACUCAAGGUCAUGGGGUUCUUGAUCUCUAAGGGUGCCAACCCACACAGGCAACGGGUUGAAGAUCGCCAAACAGCAUCGCAUAUUCUGGGAAGUUGGCUUUCGCAUUCCCUCCGAGAAAGUGUUGUAUUCGAGCUUCGUAAUAUGAACUCACUCACAGUUUACCAACCCAUAGCGAGAGCUAAUUCAUCGCAAGUCCGGGCCGCGGUUUUCGAAGUUUUCCGCACGUUACGGUCGGAGAUCGAUCGUGAAACUGGGGACAUUCUAAAAGAUUUCUUCCUGAGCUAUCACUGUGAUUCAUGUUCAUGUGCAUGUUCAGAAAAUGGCUGUUUUCCAAGUACGAUGUUCUUCCGAGAACUGAUUACAUGGACAGAUUCACCACCUAAUAUUCAGGCUUUGGCUGAAACUAUCCGCUUCCUCAGUGAGCAGAGACGGGUCGGAUCAGUGGAAGCAUUCCAUGAUACAAUAGCUCCAACUGUCCUUCGUGUUUGCAUUUUCGAGCAUUUGGAACUCACCCACACAUGUUGCAAGGAAAUUCCUCAUGCUUUUUUUGGAAAACCAAAACUUGCGGAUAUUAUGGAGGACUUUCUGCAUAUACGAGAUGAACAGCGUUAUUUGAUUGAGGAAGUUGACAAUCUGACCGACUUCUUUCUGUCAAAGUACCGUGAGAUUGGAUUGGGCCUGCCUGAAUUUUUACUUGAAUACUGGUCAAUCGAGAUUCAAAAGGUCCCCGCACCAGAUCCUCAAGAGGUUGAAGCGAUCAAGAGGGUUGGUGUUAUACUGGAUGAGUGA